AUGGGCAUCCGUGAUUCCCCGAUGGACAACUUCGUGUGCUGUUGUCGACUAACGAUCGAUGUCGAGGGAAAAGAAGCGCGCGCGUUCAGCGAGGCCGGCCGUGCGGCGGCGCUGGUCGUCCACGUUCCCAGACGACAUCCUCGCCGUUGUGUACCGUAUGGUCGCCUCUCCCUGGGCGACCGUGUGCGCUUCGCCGCCGUCUGCCGGUCGUGGCGGGCCGUGGCGCGAGGGGCGCCGCCCACCGCCGCCGCGCUGCCGUGGCUGCUCCUCGAGCCCUGCGAUUGCAGCAGGACGAAGCGGCUGCACAUCCCCGAGGACGACGCCAUCGUGUGGCUCCAGCUUCCCCGGGGCAGUAGGCGGCUCAUCGGCUGCCAUGACGGCGGCUGGGUCAUCUCAACCGCGCCGCUCAGAAUCGUCAACCUCUUCUCCGGCGCCAAGGUGACGCUCCCUGAGAAACCGGCGGGGAUCUUCUCUGAGAGCAAAAUUGUAUUCUCCAAGCCGCCCACCUCGGGUGACUGUAUCCUCGCCACCGUGAACGAGCACCGUGGCAUCGCGCUUUGUAGGGUUGACGGCCCGGACAGCGUGUGGACGAGACAAAGAUGCAAAUCCUGCGAGACAAUUGACGACAUCACGUUUUGCAAUGGCGAGCUGUAUGGCCUCACGAAGUACAACGGGAAGGUAACCAAAUUUGAGAUAGGCGUGAAUGAGCACGGAGCGCCCGUGGUUACUGCUGAGAUCCAUCUCAGCUGCUCUGUGUUGAUGGACAACAUUGAGGAGAAGACCAGUUACAUCUUUGACUUACGUGGCAAGCUUGCAAUGGCCAUUAGAACCGAGUGGUCAUUAAACCACAAACCUUUCUUCAAAGUGUUUGAGCUCGUCGACAUCCAUGACGAUGAACUAGCGGUGUCCGACAAGCACACGUGGAUAGAGGUCACAAGCUUGGAUGAUCACGCCUUGUUCUUAGGACAAACUUUCUCUAAGGCAGUGCACGUGCCGGCAGACAAACCUGUCCGCGUGGAGAGAAACCACAUCUAUUACUCUUGUUGCUUGAAUCAAAGUGAUGAUGUCCCUAGUGGUCUGUUAAGAACGUUCUCGAAAGGCUGCAGUCGCCAGAAAUAUUACAGGGGAGACGACAGGAAGAAGGACAUCACCAACGAUGACGUGAAGAGGAUCACAUCAACGGGAUAUUUCGUGAGGGGCAGUCCUUACAGUAGCAUGUGGAUUCUCCCUCCGGAUAUGUAG